AUGAUCCGUAACACUCUCUUUCUUGCUGCACUAGCGGUCACUGUCAUUGCUGGACCUUGCAAACCCACCAGUUCUUCCACUGAGCUUCUGUCGACCACCAUCGGGUCGACCGAGACGUCCUAUGUCCAGACUUCUGUCACUGAGAGCACAGACGUAACCUCUUCCAUCGCCAGCUCGGAUGCGACCACUACAGCCGAAGCCACCACGACCUCAGACUCCGAGUCGACAACAACAGCUCCACCAGAUGAUAGCUGUGUACAAAGCCUUACUUUGAACAACAACGGGCCUCGGUUUACAGAUAAGAUUGCAGACUGCCAGGAUUUCAAUGUAGUCACAGUCAGCUCGUACGAAGUGACCCAGACAGUGGAAAAGCGUGGAAAUGUUAUCAUCAUUCCUACAAAUGCGAUUGUCCGUCGUGCUGAGGGUGAGGCGGCAACGACCAUCUUCCCGACUGGCAUCCCGGCUUAUGCUACAUAUUGCGAUAGUCCAUCAGCGUACUAUGAGGCUUGCUCUGAGCUUGGUAUCACUGCGUCCACAACUACAAUUCCGGAACCUACAACGACUGAAACUAUUACUUACUGA